CUCCCAUCAGUGUUCAUUUCGGAUGUUUCGAGGAAAGAACCCACAAAUUUUAAUGUUUUCUUAAAUUAUUGAAUAGUGGAAGAAGUCAAACGUAUUUCAUUUAAAGUUUUACAAAAUGUCUCACAUUCAGUCCGUUAAACGCGUUACGCAUUUGCAAUUGUUCUUCCUAUGUUCACUAUUAUUUUACUGGAUACAAAAUGUGAAUGGUAUAUAUUAUCGCUACUCCGAUCAUACACAUAUACCAUGUAAGAAUCCUGGAACGCUACCGAAUGGCUUUUCGGUGCUGAGGCGUCGUAGUACAAUGUUAAGAAACUUUUGCAAUUUUGGUUUCAAGAUGUUCGGUGAUCGGCGAUUGAUAUGCAAUCGUGGCAAAUGGAUUGGCAAUCGUCCAAUUUGUGCAACCAAUACAUGUUCCAUUCCACCGAAGCAUCCAGAAAAUGGUAGAAUACAAUAUGUGGAUCAAUAUCAUGUGGUUGUCUACUGUUCGGACGGUUAUGAAUUGGCUGGUAAUCGUUUUGCUUAUUGCAAUGGCACCGAUUGGGAUCGCCCGUUAGGCUUUUGCAGGUUACGCCCCGACAAAGUGAGACACGAAUGUGAUUUUGAGUCUGAUGAUAUUUGCGGCUGGGUAACAGACAUAGCGGACGGUUUCGGAUGGAAACGUACGAUGGCUACAAAUGUGUUCACCUCAUUUCAUACGGGACCGCGUCACGAUCACACUACAAUGCGAGCCAGUGGCGGUCACUAUAUGCUGAUGGAAAGUUUUGGGCUCACAUCAACACCAGCCGCCCUCACAUCACCCAUUUAUGAACGUGCCAUAAGUCUGAAGACAGCGUGUUGCUUUCAAUUUUACUAUUUUAUGUAUGGCGCAGGUGUUGGCAAUUUAAGAGUCUACGUCAAACCGUUCACGAAAAUGUUAUCGGAUGUUAUUGACGACCAAGAAAACUUUUUGAAGUUCAAAAAGUCUGGUAAUCAGAAUAACAAUUGGAACGAGGCACAUUUUAGCAUCGACGAAAUGGAGGAAGAUUUUCAAAUCGUAUUCGUUGCAGACGGCGCUAAGAGUCAUUUGAGUGACAUAGCUAUAGACGACGUUAAGAUAAUGUUUGACACCGAGUGUAAAUCGUUGGAUAAUCAUGAUGAUGAAGCCGAUGACUCCGCUGAAUAUGAGCCUACAACUACAGAACAAUCUCUCUACGAUACUUUAUCGUGUGUAUCGCGGUGCGGCGAAGAGGCGAAUAUUGGUAUAAUGCGUAAUGACACAUAUUUGAUAGGUCUAUGCAGUUGUCACUAUGGUUGUAUAGUUGACGAUAAUUGCUGUCUGGACUAUAGGAAAGUCUGUCUCGAUGGUACGGAGACCAACACCAUAAAUAUACCAGAAAUUGUCACAACUACUAUUAGCAGUGACACGAAAUUUAACACAGCUGCAAUGCAAGAAGAAAUUAUAAUUGGAAGUUUUAAAAACCUAUCAUCGGUUCAAACUGAUGCUCCCGACACACAACCUAUGUUUGGUGUAACCACAGCCGUAACUAAUAACCGCACAAAUGCCGCAGAUGAUAUCAAGGAAUUAACAAAAAACAGCUCUACAGUCAAACAUCCCUUCAUACCGAUCGGUAGUAAAUAUUAUUUAAUUAAUACCGCCGUCAAGAUGAAUUGGUUCGAGGCAGCCUUGUUUUGUCGUUCUUUUAAUAGCGAUUUGGCCAUAAUCGAAAGCGAAGCAGAGAUAGACGCAGUGUCUUUCUACGUAACCACAAAUAGCAAUUUUGGAAAAUAUUUCUGGCUCGGUGUCACCGAUUUGGCGGUGGAGGGUAAAUUUAUGUCACACAGCAAUGGACGCGACAUUUUCUAUGCCAAAUGGGCAACAGGUCAACCAGAUGAUAGUCAAAAGAAUGAAGAUUGCGUACACCUUCGGCCUGUAAAUAAUAUGUAUGCUAUGAACGAUUAUCCAUGCACUGCGGAGGGCUAUGCGCUUUGUGAGAUGCAAGAAGCCCCAAAAAGUUGUGUUGAAAGUACAAUACCGAAUUGAGGUUUGAAAAAUGUCAUACAAGAAUAUGUGAAGAGUGCAUAUCCCCUUUUGAAUUCUCUAUAAUUAAGUUUGUUAAAAUCUAAUAAAAUUAAAAUUACUUUCA